CCACUUCAGUUGUUGGAGUUCCAACUUAUCGAUAUCGUUGAUCACACCUCGAUCCACCACCUAGACGCAACAACUCGAUCUCGACACGCACCCAGCCGCCAGUGCACACGAGACUCGACCCGCGCGCGCUCUCUUCUCCCUUUUUCGCGGCCUGAUUCGACCCACGACUCGCGCUUCGACGUCGAGAGACCCCUAAACACCGCGCAACCAACCUUUCGAUCUAAUCCAAAAUGCCUCCCCCCAAGGCCAAGCACUCAAAAAUGGUGACGCUGCUGCACUACCGUCUCAAGGUUAUCCUGAACGACGGCCGUGCGCUCGUUGGCCAGAUGCUCGCGUACGACAAGCACAUGAACUUUGUGCUUGCCGAGACUGAGGAGUUUAGGACUGUCAAGGGCAAGAAGACAAAGGACACGCCUUCCGGCGAGCCCACCCCGUCGGUGCAGCAGAAGCGCACGCUCGGCCUCGUCAUCCUCCGCGGCGAGACCAUCGUCUCGGUGUCAGUCGAGGGCCCUCCCCCCAGCUCGGCCGAGAGCUCUGUGCUCCAGGCUGGCCCGGGCCGUGGUGUGCCCGCUGGCCGUGGCAUGCCCCUCGGCGGCGGCGCCCCUGCGCUCGCUGCUCGCCCGAUGCCAUAUGCGCGCCCGCCCCCUGGCUUCCCUCCUGGCAUGCCUGGUCUCCCCCCUGGAAUGCCCCCAGGCUUCCCCGGCGGUGUUCCUCCAGGAAUGCCUCCUCCUGCUGGCAUGCCCCCAGGAUUCCGUCCCCCCGCGCCUGGAUCAUUGCCACCGGGCAUGCCGCCUGGAUUCCCUCCCCGUCCAUAGUCGGCUACCCUCGUGUCCUCGUGUGUUAGUAGGUAGGUAGCCUUUCUCGCCGCCACCGGCGAAGCCAUGCAUUGUGUGCUGUGUAGA